AUGCUGGUCUUUUACUUCUUGAGUGCACUUUUAGUGGUGACUGUGAAUAGUGGACCAUGUAAAAUGUCACCGUUGACUACGUUCCUGACAGAUUAUCAGCAGCAAACUCUUCAUCAACUCAUCGUCUCUGCUCGUGACUCUGGGGCGAAUGAAGAGAUGGUCAAGGAGAGUAUGGAUGAAUAUCUUGCUCAAAUUCUGCCACCCGAUAGACUAUUGGAACUCAAAAGAGCACAUGACGAGUUCGAGGCACAACGACGCGGAAAAAGAUCAUCUGAUAAACCGGAACCAAAGAAAGUUUUCGACAUAAUUGAUCAAUUCACAAGUGAUUAUCAGAAGUUUUAUGAGGAGUCGUCGGCUGUGAGGAAUAGGAAUAACAAUAAAAACUGA